AUGGAGACGGCCGACCUCGUGGUGGACGGCACGCGCACGUCGGGCAAAGACAUUCGCGAGCAGAACGUGACGGCCGCUGUCGCCAUUGCCAACAUUGUCAAGAGCUCGCUGGGACCCGUUGGCCUGGACAAGAUGCUCGUGGACGACAUUGGUGACGUGACGAUCACGAACGACGGCGCGACGAUCCUCAAGCAGCUCGAGGUGGAGCAGCCAGCGGGCAAGGUCUUGGUGGAGCUCGCGGGUCUCCAGGACCAGGAGGUGGGCGACGGCACCACGUCCGUCGUGAUCAUUGCGGCCGAGCUGCUGAAGCGAGCCAAUGAGCUGGUGAAGAACAAGAUCCACCCGACGUCGAUCAUUGCGGGGUACCGUCUGGCGAUGCGUGAAGCUGUCAAGUACAUUAAAGAGAACCUGAGCGUGCCGGUGGAUUCAAUUGGACGGGAGAGUCUCGUGAAUGCUGCAAAGACGUGCAUGUCGUCGAAGAUCCUCGGUCCCGAGAGCGAGUUCUUUGCGAAUCUCGUGGUCGACGCCGUGUCGUCGAUCAAGGUGGAACAGGAAGGGGCUAAAGGCAAAGUGAAGGCAAAGUACCCCGUGAGUUCCAUUAAUGUGCUGAAAUCUCAUGGAAAGAGCGCGCUGGAGACACAGUUAGUGGACGGCUUUGCUCUCAAUUGCACCAAAGCAUCACAGCAGAUGCCGACGUACAUUAAGAAUGCCAAGAUUGCGCUGCUGGACUUUGACUUGCAGCGUCAUCGGAUGCAGAUGGGGGUGCAAGUGAUCGUGAACGACCCGAAUGAGCUGGAGAAAAUCCGUCAACGCGAGGUGGACAUUACCAAGGAGAAGAUUCACAAAAUGAUCGAUGCUGGUGCCAACGUGAUUCUGACCACGAAAGGCAUUGAUGAUCUGUGCCUCAAGUACUUUGUCGAGUCAGGUUGCAUGGGUGUGCGUCGCUGCAAGAAAGAAGACUUGCAGCGUAUUGCUAAGGCUACUGGCGGACAGGUUGUCCUUACGCUUGCCGACAUGGAGGGCGAGGAAACGUUCGACCCCUUGACGCUCGGCGAAGCGCAAGAAGUUUGCGAGGAGCGCGUCGGCGAUGGCGAGUUGAUCUACUUCAAGGGCUGCAAAACGCGUCAGGCGACGACGGUGGUGUUGCGUGGUGCCAACGAGAACAUGCUUGACGAGAUGGAUCGCUCCAUGCACGAUGCGUUUAUGGUAGUGAAGCGUAUGCUCGAGAGCAAUCAGCUUGUUGCUGGUGGUGGCGCUGUUGAAGCAGCGCUAUCGAUCUACCUCGAAAACUUUGCCACGACGCUGGGAUCGCGAGAGCAGCUGGCCAUUGCUGAGUUUGCCGACGCGCUGUUGGUCAUUCCGAAGACCCUGGCAGUCAAUGCUGCCAAGGACGCCUCGGAAUUGGUGGCGCGUCUGCGUGCGCACCACAACACAUCGCAGAGCGACGAUUCGAAGUCUGAACUUCGUUUUUCGGGCUUGGAUCUGCUGGAGGGCAGCGUUCGCAACAAUCUGGAAGCUGGUGUCGUGGAGCCUGCUAUCAGCAAGAUCAAGAGCCUGCGUUUCGCUACUGAGGCUGCUAUCACCAUUUUGCGGAUCGACGAUCUGAUCAAGCUCAACCCCAAGGAAGAGCCCCAGCAGUAG